GAUGGCGGUACAUAAAUAUAAGACAGAGAGGAGGGAAUGGACACACUCGGGCCAGUAGCUUUACCCCCUACAGACACAGCAAUCCACCGGCCUCUAACUACAGUCAUCACCUCCGUUUUUCCACGAUACAUCAUGCAGCAGCAAAAUAUCUUCGGACUCCUGAGCAUUUUUCUGCUUGUGUUAGACCCGAGCCAGUGCAAUCCAAUCACAGCUCAGUGCAUGGAGCACACCUACUGCUCCUCCACGCUGAAAGAGUACCACGCGCAGCUGAUCAGCCUGCCCAGCAGAAUCAAUGAACGCAGUGUCGCCGCAUGGAGCUAUGAGGAUAAUAUCGACAUGGACCGAGUGCCACAGAUCAUCUCUGAAGCACACUGCCUGAACAGCCACUCCUGCAAGGGGGUAGACAGCUCCUUCAGUCUGGAGGCCAUCCCUAUUGCCAUCAAAAUGCCAUUUCUCAGAAAGAACCCAAGAUGCCCGACUUACGCACUGGAAUUUGAGGAUGUCAACAUCGCCUGUAUAUGUGCAACAUCCAGACAGAAUUAGAGCGGAGUAGAAGAUUUGCAUCCUCAAGAUUCCUAUUUAAUUAUUACAAUUAUAGGACGUUUUGUGUUAUCUAAAUUCAUGUCUACCACAAAGCAGUCUACUGAAACUGGACGGUUAUUUAUUUUAACACACAACGUAUAUACUGCAAUAUGGAUGU